GGGCCUUAUGGCUUAGCCUUCUGGUCCUUUCAUCCCUCCGUGCAGUGGGUUUCCAUUACUGACCUCGCCAAAGAUCAAAUGAAACGUGAAAUGGGCUAUUCUGAAGCCCCGAGGCCCAGAUGGAUCGAUAUGCAAGCCAAGGGCAGAACUAGGGCUCUGUGAAUCGAAGCACACUGGCCUACUUCGUCGCUGGAGACCUUCUGUCUAGAAGCAAUUCCUACUAGGGCUGGCUGGAUUCCAGCCGCCUUGGGCCGGCGCGGCCGCUUUAAGAGAGGGGCGGGGCCCGGCACAGGCGAGGCAGGGCCUGCCCACAAGGCUGCUUUUUUCCUUUUUUGAUCCAUUCAAAAAUUACUCAUUGCAAAUUCCCGGACAGCUCGGGGAGGAGAAGCUGGGAGGGCGGAGGACAGAGAAGGCUGCAGCGGUGCGACGCUGGGACUCCCGGAUCCGGCGGGCUGAGGUCGGACCCGCAGCAGCCACCGGCCCGCGCCGAGCUCCAGUGGCCUUUCCAGGAAGCGUCAGUCUCCGCCCGGAGAUCGGGGAGCACCGCCCCCACCGUCCUCCCGGGACCCCCAGCUCUUGCGAGCGGGCGAUGGGCGGCCGCUGAGCGGGCACUCGGCAUCGCGACCCCAGCCCUCGGCAUGGCCGCUCGCGAGGAGCUGUACAGCAAAGUCACCCCGCGCAGGGACCGUCUGCAGCGCCCGGGCACCGUCAAGCAUGGGUCGGCGCUGGACGUGCUCCUGUCCAUGGGCUUCCCCCGCGCCCGCGCACAAAAGGCUCUGGCAUCCACUGGAGGAAGAAGCGUUCAGGCAGCAUGUGACUGGUUGUUCUCCCAUGUCGGCGACCCCUUCCUUGAUGACCCCCUGCCUCGAGAGUAUGUCCUCUACCUCCGCCCGACUGGUCCAUUAGCCCAGAAGCUCUCUGACUUCUGGCAGCAGUCCAAGCAGAUCUGUGGGAAGAACAAGGCCCACAACAUCUUCCCACACAUCACCCUUUGCCAGUUCUUCAUGUGCGAGGACAGCAAGGUGGACGCUCUAGGAGAAGCCCUGCAGACUACUGUCAGUCGAUGGAAAUGUAAGUUCUCAGCCCCGCUGCCCCUGGAGCUGUACACCUCCUCCAACUUCAUCGGGCUCUUCGUGAAGGAAGACAGCGCCGAGGUCCUCAAGAAGUUCGCGGCUGACUUUGCCGCCGAGGCUGCAUCCAAAACAGAAGUCCAUGUGGAGCCUCAUAAGAAGCAGCUGCAUGUGACACUGGCCUACCAUUUCCAAGCCAGCCACCUACCCACCCUAGAGAAGCUUGCCCAGAACAUCGAUGUCAAGCUAGGGUGCGACUGGGUGGCCACCAUAUUCUCUAGGGAUAUCCGAUUUGCUAACCAUGAGACGUUACAGGUGAUCUAUCCCUAUUCACCCCAGAAUGAUGAUGAGCUGGAGUUGGUCCCAGGGGACUUCAUCUUCAUGUCUCCCAUGGAACAGACCAGCACCAGUGAGGGCUGGAUCUACGGGACCUCGCUGACCACUGGCUGCUCUGGGCUGCUUCCUGAGAAUUACAUUACCAAGGCUGAUGAGUGUAGCACCUGGAUCUUCCAUGGUUCCUACUCCAUCUUAAAUACAGUAUCAUCCAGCUCACUCGCGUUUGGUGACGGGGCGUUAGAGAGGCGACAGUAUGAGGAUCAAGGUCUUGGGGAGACAACACCCCUCACUAUCAUCUGCCAGCCCAUGCAGCCCCUGAGAGUCAACAGCCAGCCAGGGCCCCAGAAGCGAUGCCUCUUUGUGUGUCGGCAUGGGGAGAGGAUGGACGUUGUAUUUGGGAAGUACUGGCUAUCCCAAUGCUUCGAUGCCAAAGGCCGCUACAUACGCACCAACCUGAACAUGCCUCACAGCUUACCUCAGCGGAGUGGCGGUUUCCGGGAUUACGAGAAAGAUGCUCCAAUCACCGUGUUUGGGUGUAUGCAAGCAAGACUAGUAGGUGAAGCCUUGUUAGAAAGUAAUACCGUUAUUGAUCACGUGUAUUGCUCUCCAUCCCUACGCUGUGUUCAGACUGCACAUAAUAUAUUGAAAGGUUUACAACAAGACAAUCACUUGAAGAUUCGGGUCGAGCCGGGCUUAUUUGAAUGGACAAAGUGGGUUGCUGGAAGCACAUUGCCGGCAUGGAUACCUCCAUCAGAGUUAGCUGCAGCCAACCUGAGUGUUGAUACAACCUACAGACCUCACAUUCCAGUCAGCAAAUUGGUGAUUUCGGAAUCCUACGACACCUACAUCAAUAGGAGUUUCCAGGUGACGAAAGAGAUAAUAAGUGAAUGCAAGAAUAAAGGAAAUAACAUUCUGAUCGUGGCCCACGCGUCUUCCCUUGAAGCGUGUACUUGCCAACUCCAAGGCCUGUCCCCGCAGAACUCCAAGGACUUCGUACAAAUGGUCCGGAAGAUCCCGUACCUAGGCUUCUGUUCCUGUGAAGAAUUGGGAGAAACUGGAAUCUGGCAACUGACAGACCCUCCCAUCCUUCCCCUUACCCAUGGACCCACUGGGGGCUUCAACUGGAGAGAGACCCUCCUGCAAGAAUAAGCUACCUGGGAGAUGGGAAGGACUGGCCGUUUGCAGAUGAGUCCUCAGGAUGUUCCGUAGCAGUGGGAAAGCCCACACUGCAUUCAAAGCAGACAGCUCAGAAUCAUUUAGUGUAUUUCUUUUCAUGCUUUAGGGGAUGGUGAGAUUGUGUCAAUGAGAGAAAGUCUAGUGAUUCCGAGGGAGAAUUUUAAAAAUCCAUCGCUCUGUUCUUGCCUAGCUAACAAGGCUUUGGAGAACUGUCUUCCUAAGCUGAGCACCUGCUGCAGCAGAAACUACCUUCCUCCUUCAGGCUGUGCAUGGCUAAAGAGCCUCAUUCUUCUCCCAGAGAGCUGCUCCCACCCUCAAAUGGCAUGCAAGAGGAAGAAGGACUGUGUCUGGAAUCCAGCUGGGUUGGGAAUCGUCUUUUGUAUUCCAUUUGCAAGUCAGGCAAAGCCACACUGAGGAGUGCUUUGGUGGUUGUUAGGAACCGUAAGAGUAGUCCGGUGUCAGACAGCAGACUCUACUCUCAGCAGAUUCUGUCCACUAGCAUGCAAGGCACCUGCUUGAAGACUUACAGCAUUUACCCUGGUACCACCACUUGAUCUCCAGAGCAGCCUGGCCCUUCAUGCUUCUAUCUGUGAAAUGGGAAGAACAGCCCUUUUGCUCGCCCCAAGCACUUUAGGAAUCAUGCAAUCAUUGAAUCAUUGAAUGGGAGGUGCAGCGACUGGCAGAGUAUUAAUCAAGUUGAAAUGACCCCUAUGAUGGCCGGAUGAACUGUGAAGUCCCCAAGCCUGUGUGAAUCAGGACCUGUCUUUUCACCCAGGCUCUCAACUGUGUUAAGCAGUUAAGGAGAUUGAUAUUUGAAAGGAUGUAUGUUCAAUUCACUAUUUGGAUCAGCAAAAAAAAAAAAAGAAAAAGAAAAAAAACCUCCAGUGCAAUAUAGAUAUUUUUAGAAUCUAUAUCAAAGGUCGUGUUGUUGGUCACAUACUGUCCAUGUCCACUGUAGCAGAACGUCCAUAGGUUAGCCAGUUUUGGGUUGUCUAGGAAGCCCAGGACUAAUGUGAACAGUGACAGUCACACUGUACUGCUUCUUUUGCUGCCCUCUUUGCUUUUCUAUGGUCAUUUAAAACAGCUGGCGGGGAGGACCACUUGAAGGAAGGAGAGUCACAGCCUAUCAGUGGGCUCUCACUACACCCACUUCCUGUAUUUAGAGAGAGUGCGUGUAUUUAAAAGAAGAAUAAAUGACAAUCAAACCGAAA